UGCUUACGGGAUGGGCUUUGUAUGAAGCGCUGCUUUCCACUAUCAUCUCGGUUCAGAGAAGAGGUGCAUCUCUGGGCGAGCGUUCAUAUUAAGGUUACUUGUCUGAUCUCGAGGUAACAAUAAACCAAGAGGAUGAUCGUCGUCAUUGAAGAUCAGGAAGCUUUUGACAAAGCUCUGGCAGAGGCAAGCGAUAAGCUUGUUGUGGUUGAUUUUACGGCCACAUGGUGUGGGCCUUGUCAGAGCAUUGCUCCUUUCUACAAAGGUCUGUCUGAAAAUCCAGCCAAUUCUAAUGUGGUCUUCCUUAAAGUAGAUGUGGAUGAUGCACAGGAUGUGGCCCAAUCUUGUGAGGUCAAAUGUAUGCCGACAUUCCACUUCUACAAGAGCGGAAAAAAGGUGGAUGAGUUCUCUGGGUCCAACCAGGCUAAACUGGAAGAGAUGGUGAAUAACCACAAAUGAACUAGACCUGACAAAACAAUGCCCUCAUUAUUGUUUCCCUUGUAGCCCAAGUUUACUAACAAUAACUUCCUCUUAUAUAAUUUUUCACAAAUUGGAUUUUGUUUUGUAUCGUUUUACCACAAUUUUAACUGGUAAAAGCUGCCUUAUCCAGUAAUCAGAAAUACCAUAUUGACUGAAUACCUCUGUAUGUACCUGUGUGUUAACUUGUGUUUCUUUGGGGAAUCAAGAUUAAUAAAGAAUACAAUUCCAGAAAUCCUAA